ACUUUGUCAAUUUCGCUCAGAACACAACGAGGUGUGUUUCAAAACGGUGGCCAAACACGUUGCUCUAAGUAAGCAUACGGACAACCAGGUACGCAGGUAUUGCUAAGCUCGUUAAAACUUCUCCACAUACAAUAUUCAAACGACCGAGCACCCAAUUGAACGCGCCAAUAGUUACGAUCGCGCAGGCGUAGAGCGAAGUGCAGCAAAGUGCUAUUGUCGGCUAAGUGCAGUGCAGUGCGUGUCCUCAAAUAAAUAAAAAAAUAAUAAUAAUUACAUUUUUAAAUUCAUAAUAAUUAAACAAGUGAACCAAACCUUAAAGUGUGCCAAAAUUUAAUUAAAUAAUUUGAACUUAUGUGCAAAAAAUAAAUAGUAUUCACUGAGUAAAGCAAAAUUCUUGUUUUCAAUACGCAAGUAAGAGAAAUAAAUUAACUUACGCGUACAUAAUUUCCGUUACGCAAUAGUUCAUUUGUCUGCUCAUCAAUAUUGACGAGCCGAAAAAAUGCAGUCGCAGUUAGUGUCAACAUUGCUUGGCUUGCUAGUAGUCAUAACGUUAGUGCUUGGCUAUUUAUCCAGCACAGAGGCUGCCACAACUCAACGACCUUACGAAUUCGGUUUCACAAUCGAGAAGCAGCAACAUCGUCAAGAGAAAAAAGAUGAGCGCGGCAUCGUUAUGGGCGAAUUCGGUUUCAUAACCGCUGACGGCAUUUAUCACGUGACAGUCUAUGCAACCGAUGAGGAGGGCAAAUUCCGGAUAUUAGCUAUGCGCAGUUAUCCCUACGAAGAGCAUCCAAAAACAAUCGAAAUGGUUGUGCGGCCAAAGGCUAAGGCAACUAUCGCACCGCCAACACCCAGCACCACUACGACAACGGAGCGCGCCAAACCAAAACCUUUUGAAAAACACAAUUUCAGUGUGCAAGGUUGUUCUGGCUGUUUUAUUAAAAAUAACGUACCAACAACAACACAAAAGCCUGACGCUAAAAAAUACGAUAUUAGUCUCUUAUCAAAGCCCCUCGCACCAGAAGCGACACCGGUUAUUGGUAAGCAAAUUAUUUCGCAAGUUUUACCAAAAGUUUUGCCACAAGUGAUACAAGAGGUACAACUAGUCGAAACAAGAUUGAAAGAAGCCGCAACAAAUGUACCACACAGAGUAACUGCAGCUAUAGGCACAGAUAUUAAUUUGGCAUUAUCAGAGAAGAAUACACAACAACAAAACGCACACACUGCAUUCAAGGAACCUCAGCUCACAAUACUCAAAGCACAGACAACACAAAAUUCACAACACACCGCACCACUUGCAGUACAAACAAAUCAAAUAAAUGACGGAAAGCCAGCUGUAGGACUUAGCACAAACAUAAACCGUCUGACUCCUUUGGGCAAUGCACACACAAACACACUAAAGUCUCAACUAUUACCACAAAAAGCACAGGAAUCAAAAACUACACAACACACUUUACCACUCGCGAUACAAACACAAAUAAAACCGUUUGAAACACUAAACACCAACGGCAAUCGUUUAAGCCCCACGGUUGUGCAGAACAAAGCGCCCGAAACGCCUUCCGUAAUCACUAUUCCACACAACCCUGAACCACUCGCGGCACAAACCCAAAUAAAAGCACCAAAACCAUUUAUAACACUUAGCACAAACACCAACCAUUUAAAUCCUGUUGCACCGAACGUAGCAAGUUCUGCGCCACCUGGCAGCACUUUAAAUGCCGGCAAAGCUGAGACAUCAACCACUGGCGCAUUCGGCAACGCAAAUGCAAACGCAUUUCCCAAAGUACUCAGCAGUCAGCCCUCUGGCGGCGCUAAAGGUUCAACCAGUAGCAUUCCAACCCCUAGCACGCAAAUUACGGCACCAGCGAUUAAUGCUGGCAGCACUGGCGGUGGAAAAGGCAUCGCAGCGGGCGCCGCAAGCGGACCGAGCACAAAUACUGGUUUCAGCGGUGCUAGUGGUGGGAAUAAUAACUUUGGCGGAAAUAGUGGCAGCAGUGGCGCUUCUCCUGGCAGUAAAGCUGGUAGUGCUACAGGCUUUGGUGGCGGUUCUCCUGGCGAUAAAGCUGGUGGCGCUGCAGGCUUUGGUGGCGGUUCUCCCGGCAGUAAAGUUGGCAGUGCUGCAGGUUUGGGUGGCGGAUCGGCCGGCAGCGCUGCAGGUUUUGGUGGCGGUUCUCCUGGCAAUAAAGCUGGCGGCUCUGCAGGUUUUGGUGGCAGUUCAGCUGGUAGUAAAGCUAGUAGCGCUGCAGGUUUCGGUAGCGGAUCGCCAGGCAGCAAAGCUAGCGGCGCUGCAGGUGAAGCGGGUGAUUUGUACCGGUUCAAAUAUCUGCUUGACUACAAUGGCCAUCGAGAAACAGGCUCACAUAAUGGCAAUAAGGAAGGUAGCUUUUACGCCAUUGGCGAUGACAAUGUGGAACGCACUAUUGAGUAUAUAGCGAAUGAAUUUGGCUAUCAGCCGCGUGUACGUUUCCGUAAAUUGGACGCGCCUGUGCAAGCGAAAGAGAAUACGUUGAAAGAUUACGAAUUUGUGUGGUUCAAAAAAUGAUAAGUGCCUGAGCAGAGAUUUCGCUAAGUAAUUUUUUUUAAUUAAUAAAUUAUAAAAUUUUUGUUUUUGUUUAAUUUAUUUAUGCUGAAGUUGCUGUUGCAGCAUCGAAUGUAUGAGCGGAGAGACAGCAGAAAGAGAAUACUCAAUAAAUUGAAUGAAAAAGAGAGCGUAUUUCGAAUUUCGAAAUCGUUUUAUUUGCAUUCUGAUUUUAUAUAUA